GGGGACUGUGUCUUCCCGUUCGAGUACAACAACAAGACGUACGACUCGUGCACCCUGGACGGCACCGGCGACUUCCCCUGGUGCUCCAUGACUGCACAGUUUGAAGACAAUUGGGUGUACUGCGAGGGCGGUGGCUGCGGCGGUGAACUGACGGACUUACAAGGACGAGUGGAGUCGCCCAACUACCCUGUCGGAUACCCCGACAACCAGGACUGCAAAUGGCUCAUCCAACCUCGCGGAGGCAUCGCCACGGUCUCCUUCGGCGACUUCUCUCUGGAGUCCAGCGGUAGCCUGUUCAACUCCUGUCCGUAUGACUAUGUCCAGGUCACUGCCGUGGAUGGCACAGACACCGGACCACACUGCGGUUCAAACCCCCCUGCAAACGUCACCUCUCAUACGGACAUAACCGUUAACUUCGUGACGGACUCCAGUAUCAACAGUCGCGGGUUCUACUUCUACUACAGCAUCCAGGGUGGCGCGCCCGGGACACAUGCCUGCGGCGGAGAGCUGACCGAGAACAGCGGCGAGGUGCGCUCACCCGGCUUCCCGGCACACUAUGACAACAACGUGGACUGCACCUGGACCCUGCCUCCCCGUGAGGGGACGAACGGCGUCACGGUCACCUUCUCCGAGUUCAAGCUGGAGCACGUGGAGGAACACGAGCUGGGGCAGUACACGGGCUGCAUCUACGACUUCGUGGAGAUCUUCGACGGCCCAACUCGCCUCGGUCGGUGGUGUGGUGAGAAGGCUCCAGAUCCAGUCACCUCCGCGAACGGGCUUAAGAUCCGUUUCAAGACGGACGAGCACACAGUGGAUUCCGGAUUCAAGUUCUCCUACCAGUACAGUUAAGCAGGUCGAAUCUAGAGACAUUCGUACGACAUUCGGCAUGGGAAAUACUCUCCAGCACGGCGGGAUCCACGAUGCGGUGAAGGAACAGGCGAACCAGCAGGGAGACGGCCCGGACAAGGCGAAACGCUACCCGCUGUACGACCUGGUGGACCUGAAAGGGGGAGGGGAGCUGGUCAAACUCACCAGGGAGAGUCUCUUUUCUGCCGAGAAGUCCCGCAAGUUGAACCAGACCAUACGGGAAAAGGUGGGGCCGUUCCUGUAUAACGAAGGAGCGGGUAAGAAGGUUCCGAUCAAACAGCUGAUCAUGGCCAGGAACAGAGACCGCAUGAGGACACGCCCCCAGGAGGAUAAGAAGAAGAAAACAGGAGGGUUUGGACUGGGACAUAAGAGCAACUCUGUAUCAGCCCUGAUGGACCCUGUUCACAACGAGCAAGACGGCCAGUGGAGAGAUGUGUGUUGGGACCUGGAGAAGCGAGGUUCGGUGGGGGAGACCAUCCUGCACCUGUGCUUCCUGAACGGCACACAGGUACACAACGAGCUGGCCAAGAGACUUGUGGAUGCCUUCCCUAAACUCGUUAACGACAUCUAUGUCAGCGAGGAGUAUUAUGGUGAGGCUCCCCUUCAUAUGGCAAUAGUAAGUGAGGACCAAGACAUGGUCAAAUAUUUUGUCGACCAUGGAGCGAGUGUAACAGAGAGAUGCUGUGGAAACUUCUUCUGUCCAGAGGACCAGAAGGGGACAAGAGAGGACUCCUUGGAACAUGAGUGGGUUAAGGUGUCCAUGGAGACAAACUAUGAGGGGUAUACAUACUGGGGGGAGUACCCACUGUCCUUUGCAGCCUGUUUGGAACAGAAGGAGAUGUUUAACCUCCUGAGGAAGGCUGGAGCCAACCCUAACCUGGCCGACAACAACGGCAACACUGUGCUGCACCACAUGGUCAUACAGAACAAACCUAAAAUGUAUAACCUUGCGUUGGAGAGUGGUGCCUCGCCCUGUGUGAAGAACCGGCAGGGUCUGACCCCGCUGACCCUGGCCUCCAAACUGGGCAGGAAGAAGAUGUUUCAGCACAUCCUGGAGACGGAGAGGGAGGUCUACUGGACGUACGGGGAGGUCACAUGUGCUGCUUACAACCUCACCGACCUGGACACCAUCACACCUACAGGAGAAAUCAACAAGAAGUCUGCACUCUCCCUCAUCAUCCAAGGGGACCAGGCGAAGCAUGUUGACAUGAUAGAUGGCCUGAUCUACAAUCUCCUGCGUGCAAAGUGGAAGACUUAUGCCAGAAAAAGGUUUUACUGGCGAUUUGUGGCGUUUUUCAUCUACCUGAUAUUUCUGACAACUGCCUUCUUCCUGCGGCCUCAUGUGAGUCUGGGAACAACAACCCAGACUGUGAACCAGACGGAUGAAAAUGGAACCAUCAUCAUCAUCAACGGGACAACGACGCUGGUGAACCAGACUGUGUAUGACCCAUGUUACCUGCAGGCCCUGGUCACACCUCAAGACAAGGUACGUCUGGCCAUGGAGAUCCUGACCCUACUGGGAGCUGUGCUGGUCCUACUGUCUUCAGCCAUGGAGAUCUACCAUCAGGGAAUCAAGACUUUCCUACUGGGGCUGCUGACAGCUCCAGCCAAGACCCUGUACGUGAUCUCCUGUGUGUUUGUGAUGAUGAUGAUCCCAGGCAGGGCGGCCUGCGCUCCUCAGUAUGAGGACGUGGUGUGCAUCCUCACUAUCUGUACAACCACACCUUACUUCCUCUUCUUCUUCAGGGGGUUUAAGUUGGUGGGGCCAUUUGUGGUGAUGAUCUACAAGAUGCUGAAAGGGGAUAUCCUGAGGUUCCUCAUCAUUUAUGCAGUGUUUGUGAUGGCUUUCUCACAAGUGAUGUUUGUGAUCUUCCGAGCGGCCAGGUCCACUCUGACCUACAACCAGUUCGCGGACCCGCUCGAGUCCAUCAUGGGGAUGAUCGUGAUGUCCUUCGGAGAAUUUGCCGACAUGUAUGAAACCUUUGACCACAUCAGGCACCCCUUUCUGGCAAAGGCUGUGUUUAUGCUGUACAUGGGGCUGGUAACCAUCCUGUUAAUCAACAUGCUGAUUGCCAUGAUGGGGAACACCUACCAGUCCAUCCAGGAGACCAGGAAAGAGUGGCUCAGACAGUGGGCCCAGAUUGUGCUUAUAAUGGAACAGUCGCUGUCCUCGGACCAGCUCAGGAAGGAGCAGCUGAAGUACUCCCAGCCGCUCAGCAGUCAGAACAAGGUGGACGAUACCGGCAUCACCAAGACAGAGCAGCAACGAGGAUUUGUAGAGAGGUUCCACAACGUGGAAGAUGAAGAGGAACUGAGAAUUAAGAGGGAAAAACUGCAGAAGCACAUGGACGUUCUGUUCUCCAAGAGAGAUGGGCGCUGGUUGCCUAGAGACAAGGCGGGUCCUGUCAACAAGAAUGUUUAAUGACUUAAGUGCCCAUUUUUUAAAAACAGAAAUGUACAUUUUGUUCUCUAUGCUUAUAAGAUCUGAAACAAUAUGGUUUCAAGAAGGAACUAUAAUGUGAGCUGUGAACAGGUAAAUCUUUGAGUGCAAACAUUGUAAAGGCAACUGUAAAUAUGCAGCUAUUUAUUCAAACGUUUGUUCAGACUUCCAUGUAUUAAUAUAUGUCACUGUCAAAGGGCAUCAGCACUACUUGAAAAAACUAGUUUAUCAAGAAGAUACUGUUGCCUUUAAGUUAGAGCUUUGGAAUUAGUUUGCUGACGUACAUUGCUACUCUCAUCAGUAG